UGAGUUUUGUUUUCCUUCUUUCGUCGUCCACAGUCCAAAAUCCCUACUCCCAUUUCAGCAAACGACGGGAAAGAGCCGGCGGAGGGACGAGAAGAUUCAGAUCAGACGCAGGAGAGAUGUUUCGAAUCGCGAGAACGAAGACACUCGAAUCUCUGGCACAUCAAUUCGUCCAAAGAUGCGCAGUCAGCGGGACGGCGAAAGGUAAAGCGAAGCUGAAAGACGGGCCAAAGAAGAGGAUGAAGGUAUCUACCAAGAAGGGCGGGAAGGGAGCCGUCGAUCCGGAUCCUUCAGCCCGGCCGACGUCACGUCAGGACCAGGAGAAGUACAAGCUGUACGAGCAAUGCAUAAACGCGCCGACGCCGGUUCGGUAUCUGAAGCCCAAGGACAUGAAGCGGGAGGCCGAGCGUGAGAAGUUAGGGUUGGAGAGCAAAGAUCGGAAGCGAGAGAAGGAGAUUCUGAAGAAAGGCGGGAGGCAGGCCAUGGGAGUCCCCGACGAGCCUUUGAUGAUGGGGACACCCGGAUUCGACCUGAUUUCGCUUGGAUUGGUGGAUGCCGAUAAGAUCCCCAAGUACGAGCUAACCGUGGAGGACGGGAGGCGGCUGGCGAAGGAGUACAGCAGGGUUUUGAUGAGGAAGCACAGGGCGAGGCAGGCCGCGGAGACGAAUCUGUUGAGGAUGAAGAAGGAGGCGAUCGAAGCAUUGCCAGAGAAGUUGAAGCAGGCUGCUCUGGUACCAGACUUGACGCCGUUUCCUAAAGAGAGAUUCAUGGCGACAUUGACACCUCCGAUUGAGGGUUAUAUCGACAAGGUGAAGGAGGCUGCUAUGAGGAGUUCUGGUGCCCAGAAGAUUAGAUAGAGCGCUGUUUUCUUCCCAACUCCCAAGGUGUGGCAUGGUAUUUUUCACCAUUUCCUUUCCCCUUUUGUUGCCUGUAGUUUCCUGCGUUGAAUUCUUGGCUGCAUUUUGGUGAUUGAUAGAUUCAAAGAGAAUCGGCCUUGUAGUAGUAUACUGGCUAGUCAGAUAAUGGAUUGAUGUGGCUUUGUUGCUUUACUACUUGAGAGUUACAGAAACAUCACUUGUCAAUAACAUUCCAUGUCGACAUGCUUGAGCCAGGGUGCUUUGGCUAAGGAUCGAUAGUCUUUCACAGUUAGGUGAUUGAUAGAUUCAAAGGGAUUCGGCCUUGUAGUAUACUGGCUAUUCAGAUUAUGGAUUGAUGUGGCUUUGCUGCUUUACUACUUGAGAGUCACAGAAACAUCAAUUGUCUAUAAUAUUCCAUGUUGACAUGCUUGAGCGAGGGUACUUUGCCUUAGGAUCGGUAGUCUUUCGCUGUUCGUUAACAGGCGGCGAUCGAUGGUAAAGAACAGAAUUAUGAGACUGCAAUUGUGUUGAUCUGAAGGAGGUUAUUGAGCACUGGUUUUGCAUUCCUUGGUUCCAAGUCUUUGUUUUUUCUAGGAACCGCAGUUCGUGUAGUGCAACCAUUAUACUGUGGUGUAUUUUCAGAAGUGCACUUGGGAAAUACCUUUCUGUAAGCUUUUUCUAACUUCAGAGGAUGAAUGAGCCUCAUCACUGUGUUAUUGCUUACUUUCGUCAUCUGAUGAUCAACUCCUUCAACCUGGGUUCAACUGCAGUUCAACAAGAGUUACACAAGGAGGUGGGCGACUCUGUAUCGAUGCAAUGGCGACCGCACAAGCCUGGAGCACAUGGAUUUUGAAAUCUCGGAAACCUAUGCAAUAAUGGGUGUUGAAAUCGCAGAAACCUAAAAAUGGAGUCAUGGAUAUUUUGGGGAUUUUGUUUACAGGGCUUUGUAUGGUUUGUCUUUGUAUAUUGUUUCUUGACUAAAACUGUGCCGGAACUGACAAAGGCUGCCGGCACCUCUUUGUACUACACACCUACCGAGUCCGAAGAUGAAAUGCAGCUCUGGUGUUCGUUAUUGCUGUUUUAAGUGUUUAUGCCAGCCACGAUUAGAGAUGGCAAAAAAAAAAACCCCUAAUAUUUUCACACAGAAGAAACUCAAUAUUUGGUUAUUUCCCAAAUGCAAGGUCAAAUCAGAUUACUUUUGAGACAAAAUCAUAUCCAAUUUUUGGUUUGAGUUUAAAUUGGACUCACACUAUAUUCAAUUAUAAUGCAUUUUUGCUUUAUUUUUGUUAUGUAACAAAGAAAAAGAUGAAAAAUACUAACAUUAAAGUGUAAUUUGGUUAGAGACAAUUAAUGAAAUGGUUGUUAUUGUCUUUCACUUUGUACAAUCAUCUUGACAAGUAGCAUAUUUUGUACAAGCAAUGACGACCACCAAUAGAUCCUUAGUCUUCGUUGCCAUCUCCUUUCUGUCUCUCCUUAUUCCGACCACCUCUCUCUAUCCUUCGAUCUUCGAACAACGAUGGCUAAAUUCACCAUCUACGUCUCUGUGUGCUUUCUCUCGUUUGGUACCCAAAAAAAGUAAUUCUCGAAAAAGUAUGUACUAAGGUCUAAGAUGGUACUAUGAAGUCUAACUAUAGUGAUAUAAUGUUGGUAUGACAUUAGUAAGAUAUUUGAAGUUUUAUGUUAGAGAAAAAGAAUUGAUGUCAUCAUACCACUUUUAUAGUGAUAAUAUCAUAUGAUAGUAUUAUUUGUCUUGUCAUAGUAGUAAGAUGAUAUUAUUAAGGGAAAAAGCCCAAAAUAGAAAUGUUUUUUUCUUUUGAAAUCCAAAACACACAUGUUUUACAAAAAAUUUCCCAAAAUACACAUGUUUGUGCAUCACUGCGGUCAUCAACCGCAGUGAAUGCAUUCACCGCGAUUGACGGCCGCAGUGAAUGUCUGACGUAACACUGAAACUUCAAAUGAACGUAACUUUGUGGAGCGAUUUUUUUUAAUCCGCAUAACUUUUCAAGAUCUUUCAAUCUGUAACAAACCUUCAUGCAAAAAAAAUUUGUUUGCUACCCGAACGAGCAAUUUUUUGAUUUUUCCAAACUUCGGAAGGCCAUAACAUUUUGCUCCUCAAUCCGAACGUCAUAAUUUUUUUUAUUGCGCACAACUUUUUAAAAACUACAACUUUCUUACCAUAGUGGUAAGACAUGAUAUGACACUGAUAAAAUGAUAUUAAACAC